AUGCAAUAUUGCAGCCGUAAUUGGUUCCUUUUAAGUUAUCCUUUGUAUAAUGUUUUCCCUUUCUUGAACUAUGAGAUUGUUAUUCUUAUACCCUGUCCUUGGAUUGUAUCCUGCAUUCUUACGGUUGGAAUUUAUAUUGGAACCUCACUGACUUCAUUGUCAUCUCCAUCUUCCCUUCUUUUUCACUGCACUGCACUUCUUUAAAUAUUGCAGAAUUAUGUUUAGGUUUUUAAGGAAUUGCAUUAGGAUUCAGUUUCAGUUUCUCUAUCCCUAUAGUCUGACAAUGUUCAUAAAAGGUUUGUCAUGACUGAUGAAAAUGCAACAUUUCUGAAUUAAUGAUACUAAAAUGUGAAUUUAUUGUUAACUUUCUUGCUUUCUUGAUUGGGUUGUAGGUAGUGGCUAACCAGGAAUCUGCAGAUGAACCAGAACUUUCAGACAUUACAAAAUUAAGAAGCUAUCCAUCAAGAUUCCAUUUCAGUUUAUAGCAUUGUUCCUGUGCAAUGUCUCUCAUUUUUCGAGGCUUCUGUUAACUCUGUAGCUGUUUUCUUUUAAAAACAAAGACUUCACAAGACAAGUUUGUCCUCAAAACCAUGAAUGAAUUUAGUCCGGUGAGAUCGAAAGAAUGGAACAUCUAUGCUAGCUCUGAUCCAAGCCAAUCUCAGAGAGGAGCAGAUAAGGAUAACUCAUUGAAGAACUAUGGGAGUACAUUAAAUGCCAUCUCUUUCGGUUUUGUUGCUACAGCGAUCUUAAUCUCAAUGUUUCUUAUCAUGGCCAUCUUCGAACAUUUGUUGAGGCCAAAACCCCCUUUCUCAUCAUCUCAAGAUAUGGCUGAUGGGUCCUUGGAAUCAGGUUCCAUGCAGGAUCCAAUGCAUGUAACUGAGAAACUCGGAACUUCACAAUCGAUGUCAGCGUCUUAUUCAUCAGACUUCUCGGUGUUGAUGCCUGGCCAACAAUGUCCCACCUUCAUUGCCAAACCAACACCUCUCCCUUGCCCAAGGGAGGAGAUACACUGGCCUCCUCAUGAUCAAGGUUUUGUUCCACCAUAGCUGCUUCUGUAAUUACAUGAAACCAUCAUUCUGGUUGGAUGUAGUCUAAAUCCUCAUCCAAGUUAUUGACUUCUUGCUCAUUGUUUUAUCUAUGUUUAUAUUAGACCCUUUAUCUUUUUUUAUUUUU